AUGAAUGGAAAUUGUUUGCAGUUCGAUAGAAACCCAAUUCAAGACGCUAUUUCCAGAAUUCGCUUCGCCCCAGCAUCCAACAAUCUCCUCAUCUCUUCCUGGGAUUCUAAUCUUAGAUUGUACGAUGUGGAUACAUCUCAGCUGGUUUUUGAAGCUUCUAGUGAAGCUGCGCUUCUAGAUUGUUGUUUCCAAGGGGAGUCAGCUGCGUUUACUGCUGCUUCUGAUUGUUCCAUAACUAGGUAUGAUUUGCAUUCAGGAAUGAGCGAAAGUUUUGGAAAUCAUGAUGAUUUAGCAACCUGUGUUGAAUAUUCCAAUGAAACAGGUCAAGUUAUUACUGCUGGUUGGGAUAAAAAGAUUAAGUGCUGGGAUUCACGUUCAAUGAUGGAUCUUUCCUGUGUACAUACUGUUAGUGUGGGAAUUGAAUCUAUGUCCCUCUAUGGGUUCGUUGUUAUGGUUGCUGCUGGCUUAUCAGUGAAUAUGUAUGACUUACGCAAGUUCAACAAUUCAUUUUAUAGCAAAUGCGUGGACAUCCAAAUUAAUUGUGUCCGGCCAUAUCUGGAUCAAGGAUUUGCGGCUGGAUCAGUUGAUGGACGCGUAGCGUUGAAGUAUUUUAAUCCAUCCAACCGAAACAAUGAUGGGUAUGCUUUUCGAUGUCAUCCAAAGGCAAAGGAGAAAAGGCAUGAACUUGCAGCUGUGAACGAUAUUGUUUUUAGUCCAUCGAUUUAUGGCGCGUUCGUUACUGGUAAUAACGAUGGUUAUGUUACCAUAUGGAAUGCUCAAAGUAAAAAGAGAGUACUUGAGAUGCCGAAAUUCGAAAACAGUAUCGCCUCCUUAUCAUACAACCAUGGAGGACAAUUUCUGGCUGUUGCUUCAAGCUACACAUACCAAGAAGCAAAUGAAUUGGAAAUACCUCCAAGGAUAUAUAUACAUGAAAUGGACAACAAAUACGUCGGUUCUUUUUCAGCUGGAGGUUCAAAAUCAUAUCUUUGUACGGCUGCUAAAACCCUAAUAUACCUUUCUCUUCCCAAAUUUCUUCAAACCUUCACAUAUACUCUUCGUCACUUUCUCUGUAGAAAUUUCGUGCCAAUUUUUCAAAAUAUGUCGGACGAAGAGCAUCAAUUCGAGUCAAAGGCUGAUGCAGGAGCAUCCAAGACCUUCCCUCAGCAGGCUGGUACUAUCAGGAAAAAUGGUUACAUUGUUAUAAAGAAUCGUGCUUGCAAGGUUGUGGAAGUGUCAACUUCGAAGACUGGCAAGCAUGGUCAUGCUAAAUGUCAUUUUGUUGCAAUUGAUAUCUUCAAUGGGAAGAAACUUGAAGAUAUUGUUCCAUCUUCCCAUAAUUGUGAUGUUCCACAUGUUACUCGUACCGACUACCAGCUUAUUGAUAUUUCCGAGGAUGGAUUUGUGAGUCUGUUGACUGAGAGUGGUGGUACUAAGGAUGAUCUCAAGCUUCCAACCGAUGAUGCUCUGCUUUCGCAGAUUAAGGAUGGUUUUGCUGAGGGGAAGGACCUUGUUGUGACAGUGAUGUCUGCCAUGGGAGAAGAACAGAUCUGUGCCCUCAAGGAUAUUGGUCCCAAGUAGCUUGUCAAGGUUUCUUUCUGGUGGUAUACUUGAGAAUUGAGACCAAUUAAGACUUUCUUAUUAUUUAGCUUUUUUAAUAUAAAGGUUUUCAUGCGGAUUCAGAACCGUUUGCUUGAAUUAUGGUGAUUGGUUAUUCGAAGAUGGUUAUUAGGUUUUCUGUUUUCAACAAUUUUUGUUUUGUUUUCGUGGUUGAUUUGGUAAAGUCUCAAGACAAAUUGGUUACGAGAAGGGGGAUUUGUACACGUUGCAUCUCAUCUGUUGGGAAGCGACUUGUGUCCACUUUUGAUGUGCCGAUUUUGUUUCUUGGGUGGUCUCGUAGGUUUCGUCAGUUAUGAUAAUUUCUUUUUUUAUUUUACUGUAAGGUUCAUGUGGUUUUUGUAGUCACGUAUUGCACCAUAAGAAAUCUAUAAAGUGAAUAAUAUGAAA